AUGGCUCUGACUCCAGGACCCCACGCCUCGCAGAGGGAGGACACUGGUGGUGCUGCGGUGACUGAGCCCAGCCCUACCCCCGCCCUGCAAGUCCAGGGCCAGGAUGGGCUGAGGAGGAAGAAGGGCCGUCCCACCCGCCUGGAGAACGUCUCUGUCUUAGCUCAUCCUGCGGCCUCGCCCUGCACCCACCACGUGCCUGGCUCCUGGGGGCAACCACAAAGACAGGUGCCAGCUCGCACCAGGAGAACACCCCGAGGGGCGUCCUGCGAGUCUCCGCCCGGCCCCCUCGUCUCCCGUCACAGCACAAGCCCUCGCCCUGGCUUCUCCCCAGAGGACACUGCCGACCACUCACCCAAGAGCUCAACCCAGCAGCCCAGCAAGGCCCAGGCCAGGAAGGGGCAGGCUCAGCUCCCCGAGGACAGGCCUGGCCAGCCAGCCAGAAAAACCAGAAUGUUCGGCCUUUGGAGAACCUUCAACAGUGUCAUCUUCUACCUCACGCUCCUUGUCAGCCUGGGCGGGCUGGUGGGCAACGGGUUGGUCCUCCGGAACCUGGGCUUCCAUAUCAAGAAGGGCCCCUUCAAUGUCUACGUGCUCAACUUGGCGGCUGCCGACUUCCUGUUCCUGGGCUGCCAGGUGGCCUUCUCGGCCGUCGAGGCGGCCCUGGGCUCCGACCUGCUCUAUUUCGCCAUCAGCUUCCUCUGGUUCGCGGUGGGGCUCCGGCUGCUGGCGGCCCUCAGCGCCGAGCGUUGCCUCUCCGACAUCCCCCGCUGCUACCAGUGCUGCCACCCCCGCCAUGCCACGGCCAUGCUCUGCACGCUCAUCUGGGCGCUGACCCUGCCGGCCGUACUCCUGCCUGCCCAUGCCUGCGGCCUGCUGCACGACCGCACACUCCCGCUGGCCUUCCUCCGCUACCACGCGGCCAGCGUCACCUGGCUGCUGGUCCUGGCCGGCAUGGUGCGGUCGGGCCUUGUCCUCCUCGUGUGGGUGGACUGCUGCUCGCAGCACCCAUGGCUGUGGUUCUACGGCCUCAUCCUGGCCUCCACGCUGCUGCUCCUGGUGUGCGGCCUACCCUUGGUCCUCUACUGGAGCCUUCAGCCCCUGCUCAGCCUCCUGCUGCCCAUCUUCCCGCCGCUCGCCAUGCUGCUGGCCUGCGUCCACAAUGGCUCCAAGCCCCUGGUCUACUGCAUGCUGGGCCGGCAGCGGGGGAAGCGGGAGCCCCCGCGGACUGUCUUCCAGAGGGCGCUGGGUGAGGGGGACAAGCGGGGGGCUGUGGGGUUGUCCCUGUCCACGGGUCGAGUGUAG